UGUGCCGGCUGCUGUUUAACGCAAGCUGGAGGGAGAAAACGAGGGCAUUUAGUUCCUGCCUUGAGGUUGACUCUGUUGAGUUGCUAAGAGGUCGUGUGCCGGUUUCGUUCCGUUUUCCUUCUGUUUUUGUUUUACUCGUUUUUCAUCUCUAGCUCAGACGUUCUCCUUUUUCGUUCACGUUUCAAUUAUUUGUAUCUAGAGAACACAAACACCGCGUCAGAGACAGGGUGGAAACGACAACUUCUAGUGGAGAAACGAGCGCUUCAGUGAUUACAGCUCAGUUUACACUUCGUCGUUCCCAGAAAGCUCUGUCACCGAAGAAUAGGAGGCGUAGAGGAACAGCUAGGAGUUUUAAAAAGUGAGACCAGUGUACACCAUGGAUACAACGACAGUGGUGUCACAACAGAAUGGUACCAUUCACAACUCUGUUCAGACGGUAGACGACUGUAACACCAACUUGAUCGUCAACUACCUGCCCCAGACCAUGACCCAAGAAGAGAUUAGGAGUUUGUUCUCCAGUAUUGGAGAGGUGGAAUCUUGCAAACUCAUUAGAGACAAAGUUACAGUAGGUCAAAGUCUGGGGUAUGGGUUCGUUAACUACGUUCGUGCAGAAGACGCAGAAAAGGCAAUCAAUACACUGAAUGGACUCAGACUUCAGAAUAAAAUUAUCAAGGUUUCCUACGCGAGACCGAGUAGCGAGGCCAUCAAGGGAGCCAACCUGUACGUUAGUGGGUUGCCCAAGUCAAUGACCCAACAGGAACUGGAGAAUCUGUUCGCCCCCUACGGUCGGAUCAUCACCUCACGGAUCCUCUGUGAUAAUGUGAAAGUUAAGCCGAUUGUGGGUAAUUUUGCAGGAUUGUCUAAAGGUGUCGGAUUUGUGCGUUUCGACCAGCGAAUAGAAGCCGACAGAGCUAUUAAACACCUACACAACACCAUUCCCGACGGCAGUAGUGAACCAAUCACAGUGAAAUUUGCAAAUAAUCCAAGCAACAAUGCAAAGGCAUUAGCACCCCUGGCGGCAUACUUGUCUCCUCAGCGCCCGUUUCCUGGACCCAUCCACCAUCCAGCUAACCGCUUCAGGUACAUUCCCCUGUCGCCGAUCUCCAGGUAUUCCCCUCUGGCAGGAGAUUUGCUGGCAACCAAUUCUCUAUUGGCUGGGAACGUUUUGAAUGGUUCUGGAUGGUGUAUGUUCAUCUACAACCUCGCUCCUGACACCGAGGAAAAUCUCUUGUGGCAGCUAUUUGGCCCUUUUGGGGCAGUACAGAGUGUCAAGGUCAUUCGAGAUCUGCAGACCAACAAGUGUAAAGGGUUUGGCUUUGUGACGAUGACCAAUUACGACGAGGCUCUGGUCGCCAUUCAGAGCCUGAAUGGUUACACCCUGGGGAACAGGGUUCUCCAAGUGUCGUUCAAGACCAGCAAGUGUAAGACAUAAAAUCAGGGAUCAGAGGGUGAGGGACGAUACGAUGCAGGGUUCCCGGACUUCUGACUCUGUCGUAAAUGAACCCUUCAAUGAAUACUUUAAAUGAAGUACAGUUCUUCUCACCAGAAGUUUGGUGGUUCCUGUUUCUAAACAUCCUAGUCAUGACAUGUAUUUAUUAGAACUGUCUACACCAAAUUUCCAAAACGCCAAAGUAAAUUUUAUACACUUUGUAAACGUAUGUCGUAUAUGACAUACGUCAUUCGAGUCUAGCAAGUGUCUGCUACGAGAGUAUUCUUCUUUCAUUUUUUUUUUUCUCUUAAUUACCUAGCCGUCGUAUAAUAUUGUUUGGUCAUCCUUUAAGGUCGUGACUUGUUGUUUUAAUCUUGACGUAUAAUUCGUGUGGUCACAAAGGUAUAUUUUGAUUUUGCAACCAGAACACUUAAGACCCUUUAAAUUUAUUCAUUUCCGGUUAUGAUCUCGUCGUUAGAAUAUUUUUUAAUGAAGGAUGACCAAAGGUACGUCAGUCAUUUUCAGUUUUACCUUUACCCCAAGGUAUUUUAACUUAUUUUAAAUUUUGUUAACAAGUCCUACCAGUGUUUGUUUUUUUUUUGGACAAGUGUUUGUACGUACGUUAGCCUAUUUGUUAAGAACAUGUACCUACUUGUUUGAUGGACGUAUUGAUCUGAAAACCUUGUACUUCCUUAUUUUAUUUUGUGUACCGGCAAUUAAGUUUAAUUUGCUUUCUUUUUUGUUUUGCAUGUCUAAAGCCUAUUCUGGCUUUACUGUAAUCACAUUUGGUUACUAUUAAAUAAUGUUGUUUAUAUUUGGUUAUGGAUGAAUUCAUUUAGAUUCCUCUUCUUUUUUUUUCUUAACAAAUGAGUGUUCUAUCUUUCUUUUACUUAUUUUUUUUUAUAGACGCACACAGGAAUUAGUAAGCUUAGCUCCCUGCAUGCAAUUAGAACGAUUAGCAUUCGAUGACUCUGCAUGCAUUCGGAGAUUGGGGGGAGGGGGGGUAGAAUGUCGGUGACAUACCACAAAACCAUCCGUCAUUUUAGUGGCUCCUGAAAAAAAAAAAAGCUAAUAAUAAUUAGAGCUAACACUACCGCCACCAUGGCCACUUCCACCAGAAUCUAUUUUUGUAAAAAGUUGAUAGCAGGCAAAAAAUAAAGUUGGAAUAAAAAAA